AUGGCACCGAAACGGAGGAACCUUAGGCGCGACACCUCAGGCCCUAUGCCUACUACACAGGCAGAACUGAAUCAGCUCCUUGAAGAGCGAAUCUCGCAAGCAAUCGCCCAAUAUGAGGCCAACCGCAAUGAACACAGUGGCGGAUCUGGCGGAACUGGCGGCCAAGGUCAGGGAGGCACAUCUGGUGGCAACACCACAAAUGGGUGCACGUACAAACAAUUUCUCGACUGCAAGCCUCUCAAUUAUGAUGGUACUGGAGGUGCAGUGGCAUUUGUACGAUGGACAGAGAAAACUGAGUCCACUAUUCGCAUGAGCCGAUGCACUCCUGAACAGACAGUGGUUUACGCUACAGGGUUAUUUGUGGAUGAAGCUCUAACUUGGUGGAACCUUCAGGUUCAAACUCUAGGAGACGUUGCAGCCUACGGGCUAACUUGGGAAGAAUUAAAGGAACGCAUGAGAGAAAAAUAUUGUUCUAGAGCUGAGCUACAAAAGCUGGAGACAGAAUUUUGGCACCUUGAAAUGGUAGGUGCCGACGUUUCAGGAUACACCCAGAGAUUUCAUGACUUAUCACGAGUGAUUCCGUAUAUGGUCACUCCGGAAUUCAAAAGAGUCGAACGAUACAUAUGGGGUCUUCACCCCGAGAUCAGGAGUCUAGUUAGCUCGGCACAACCUACCACCAUAACUCAAGCUGUUACCUUAGCAGUGAGCCUCACUGAGGAGGCAGUGAGAAUGGAGAAGAUUCCUGCGAAGGGUUCGGAAAAGAAAGAGACUCACGUAGAGUCUACUAGUGGUGGAAAGCGAAAAUUUUCACACUCCAACAAGGGUAUGCGUGUGAACAACAACGACGGCACCAAUGCUAACAAACGAAGGGAAGUAAACCCACCAAGAGGUGGCAAGGCUUUCACAGCAACCAACGAAACUAGGGGUAAAGGCUAUUUAGGCACCCUGCCUAAAUGCGACAAGUGUAAGUAUCAUCAUGAGGGCCGUUGUGCAAAGUGUGAUAAAUGCGGUAGGAUAGGCCACUAUAAGGAAACAUGCUGGGUAGGAAGGGGAAAAGGAAACACAAACCGUGGAGGAAAUGGUAACAACAAUCAAGGUAGAAAUGACAACGGGAAUGGAACUGGAAACAGAAAUGGAAACAACAAUGGCAACGGAAAUGGAGCUGGAAAGGGGCAAGGAUGCUACAACUGUGGUGACAACGGGCAUUAUAGGAAGGAUUGCCCUAAGGAAAACCAGGCUCGUGGGAGAGCUUUUGUGAUCGGAGCCCGAGAUGCACGACAGGACCCGAACGUUGUUACGGGUAACUAAGUGGAUCUUGGUGCAACAAAUUAUGAAGUUUCAAGUUUACUAUGAAGACGAUGUCAUCCGUAUUUUGGAGGGUUUGAUCCAUAUAUCCCGUCUUCGAACGGGACAUAGGAUGCAAAACCUCGUUAUUUCAAAAACUUUAUUUUGAACAAGUCUUGUUUGUAGAACUUAUAAACUUAUGUUGUCUUUUGCUACAAAACAACUUUUGACUUGUAUCUUUACAUUAUGGAAUGGAUGAACAUCGUGUAUGUUUUAUAUCAUAUAGUUUGUUUACUUA